AUGCCCGUCUGGGCCGGUAAGCGGGGAGAACUGACAGAUAAUACCACGUGGUUGGCACUGGGGCAUUCACGACGCUGUCGGGAGGGGAGGUGGGACGUAAGGCCUGGAUCGCUGCAGGAUGGCGUACCCACAACUAGGCUCCUAGGGCAGUGGAUGAGCAAGGCCACUUUCUUGGUUGCCGAGGCCUUUUUCCAGAACGUCUCGGGCUGGGGAACCUCCAGCCAGUCGGUGGAAUGUUCUCCGCGCCGACGCGCCCUCCUCCUCGAAGUCUCGAUCGAUGACUGGAAAUCAUCAUAUACAGGACCUCGCAUGUCCUUGACGGUGGUCAUCUCAGAACGCGUCAAGGCCGUAGGGUCGACGGGUGAGGAGAAGGACACCGAAAAAUACGCCGGCGCACAAUCUAGGCCUUGUCAGCGGCAGUUUUCAUGCAGGACAUCGCAGGUUUGA